CUGCUCACUCUUCUCUGAAGAUGGUGUCUGCAAGGAUCAUCUGUGUGUUGCUGUCCCUCAAUAUAGCUUGGGCACAAGAUGGAGAAACUGACUUUGAAAAGGUGGGUGCAGGAAUCCGUGGUCCCAGGAUUGUGGAGCACAUGUCCCAGUCCACCUGCCAGUAUGAGAAGAACUGGCCCAUCUGUGCAGAUGAUGACUGGGGUUCAAAAUGUCCAUCAGGCUGCAGAAUGCAAGGGCUGAUUGAUGAGACAGACCAGGAUUAUAGUCAUAGAAUAGAAAAAAUCAAGAAGCUGCUAGCAGAAAACCAAAACAACUACAAAAAAUCCAAUCGGAUAAUUACAGAAACCAUAAAUGUAAUAAAGCCAAACCUGGACAGUGCUCAGCAGGUUGAUGAGACUUAUGGUCACGUGUCAGGAGAACUGAGGCGAAGAAUUGUGACAUUAAAGCAGAGAGUUGUCACUCAAGUAAACAGAAUUAAAGCUCUGCAGAGCAGCAUCCAGGAACAGGUUUUGGAGAUGAAGCGCUUGGAGGUGGACAUUGAUAUAAAAAUACGAGCUUGCAAAGGAACCUGUGCUAGAAGUUUUGAUUACCAGGUGGACAAAGAAAGCUAUGACAACAUCGAGAAGCAGCUUACCCAAGCCAACUCCAUUGACUUGCACCCAGAGCUUCAAACAACCACCUUGAGUACACUGAAAAUGAGGCCACUUAAGGACUCCAAUGUUCCUGAGCAUUUUAAGCAUAAGCCUCUGCCAGAAAUGCAGGCUCUGAACAUAGUAAAUAACAUCAGGCAAAUGCAAGCAGUAUUAGAGAGAUCAGAAGCAGACACAACCCCACCCCGAGGUGACAGCUCGUAUCACCUGGCAGAAUCAAGGGGGGAUGGACUAGCACAUACUACCAAGUUCCUUACUCCUACUCAUGGGAGAGAAACCCUUGGUCUGGGAGACAAAGCCUCCUCUGCUGUUCGUAGAUGCACCAAAACUACCACCAAAAGAAUUACCACUGGUCCUGAUGGCCCUAGAGAAGAAAUAGUUGAAAAAAUGAUUUCUUCUGAUGGCUCAGACUGCUCCUAUUUACAUGGAACAGGAAAUGUUGGAGGGGAAGGGAGCACAUACCAUGUUGGUGGGACAGAAUUCCACAAGCUAGAGACAUUAUUCCCUGAACUAGAAUCAUUUUUCACACCUGGUACUGGAGUAUCCAGUCAUUCAGGGAAAGGUGCAUUUACAGACUUAGGAGAGGAUGAAGAUGAUGACUUUAGAACAAUCCACGCUCAGCCACCUGAACUCCCAUCUGGCAGUGCAAGUCACUCCAAGACUGUAGUGACCAGCGCCUCUUCUAGCUUCAACAAGGGAGGCUCCACUUUUGAAACCAAAUCACUAAAGACCCGUGGAGUAACUGAGCAGCUAGGUGGGGUUCAACAUGAUCAGAGUGCAGAGGAUACCCCAGACUUUCAGGCACGCAGCCUCAGACGACAUGUGAAGCAAAGGACAGUCAACACUGGGAAAGACUGUGAUGAUAUCCGCCAGAAACACACUUCUGGUGACAAAAGUGGCAUUUUCAAAAUCAAGCCAGCGGGAUCCAAUAAGGUUUUGUCAGUUUAUUGCGACCAAGAGACCACUUUGGGAGGAUGGCUAUUGAUCCAACAGAGAAUGGAUGGAUCAGUGAAUUUUAACCGGACCUGGCAAGACUACAAGAGAGGUUUCGGCAGCGUGGAUGGCAGAGGGCGAGGAGAGCUCUGGCUGGGCAAUGAAAACAUACACUUGCUGACUCAGAAUGACACUCUCCUUCGAGUAGAGUUAGAGGACUGGGAUGGAAAUUCCGCAUAUGCAGAGUAUAUCAUACAGGUAGGGUCUGAAGCAGAAGGGUACCCCCUUGCCGUGUCCUCCUAUGAGGGGACUGCCGGGGAUGCGCUGAUUGCUGGCUGGCUGGAAGAGGGCACUGAAUACACAUCCCAUGCCCAGAUGCAGUUCAGCACCUUCGACCGGGACCAGGACCACUGGGAGGAGAGCUGUGCAGAGAUGUAUGGGGGUGGAUGGUGGUACAACAGUUGCCAGGCAGCGAACCUCAAUGGUAUUUACUACCUGGGGGGCCACUAUGACCCCAGGUAUAACAUUCCUUAUGAGAUUGAAAAUGGCGUGGUCUGGUUGCCAUUUAGAGCCUCUGAUUAUUCCCUCAAAAUUGUUAGAAUGAAAAUCAGGCCCAUAGAAACCCUGUAGAAGGACAGGC